AUGGUUGCUAUUGUGAUGCCGUCGUCCGGCAGGCGGUCUAGGCUCGCUGUACCCGUCGAUUCCAUUUGCGUGUUUCUACUGACAUACGCGUUAGCGCUGCAAGCUCAAUGGACGACGACGGCACUUGCGCUGAAGCUCUGGCCGGAUCAUCGUUUCGUGACGGUGCUCACGAUAACGUGUCACACGGCAACGCUCUCUCUAGCCAUGUGGUCGCACUGGAUGUGCGCGACUACUGACCCCGGUUAUAUCCCCGCGCUUAAGGACGAGCACCUGAUCUACGAUGCCCUGCGCUGGGGGUUCACCGACUGCAACAAGUGCCGCUCCAUCCGGCCGCGUCGCGCACACCACUGUAGGAUUUGCAACCGUUGCGUGCUGCACAUGGACCACCACUGCCCGUGGAUCAGCAACUGCUACGUCUUCCUGACUGGCUCGACCGAGCUUGCCCUCGCGAGCGUGAUUGGCUACGAGAUGUACGACCUCUACCACCGUGACAUUGAUUCGCUUUUGUCGAAGUACGGGGUGUUCAUGAUCGUGUCAACUACCGUGCUUUACUUCGUGGCCAUCCUGUUCACGAUGUUCACGUUCAUCCUCUUCGUCGACCAGAUGUACCAGAUAUAUCGCAACACCACGGCGAUAGACAAGCUGAAGAACAUUUCCAACCGCGAGCAAAGUUUCAUGCAAACUCUGACGCACUUGUUUGGGUGCCGCUUCUCCGUCACGUGGUUCCUCCCGCUUCCCAUGAAACCCCGGUACUUCGGCGCUGAGCUGACCUGCGCGGACGUUGUGGCGCUGUCCGUGUUCGACGAGUCUGACGCGGUGCUGGCUGACCGCAACCACGAGCUGCAAGGGCUGGAUGCGAAAGAUGCCGACGCCCCGCGCCGAGUCUCGUGUUUCCACAAACUGUUGUAUCGUCGGGAAAUAUCCGAUGAUGUGGACACUGAAUAA